UAUCUAAGAUUCACACAGAGCCAGGCCUCGCGCCUCAUUGAAUCCCUAAGGUAGGUGUAUCUGGACACAGUAGAUUGCCAACUAACAGAGCAUCUGCCCGCUUGCACAUUCGGUUUCUGCCCUCCGGUAAACCACUCCCCUCUUCCCCAUGCUUGGGCUCCGCCCCUACAGUAGGCCCCUCCUAGGGUUCUGGCGCGCGGGCUCCGCCCCUCGUGUCUUGUACGCUUCGCCCCUUCCGUAUGCUCCGCCCCUGCGCUCGCGCGCCAGGGCCGGGCGGCGCCGACGCACUUGGCGGGAGAUAGGAAAGUGGUUCUGUGCGCUCCCUAGGCAGCUGCAGUUCCUGGGAACGUGCGACCAGACCUGCAGACACGCUGACGCCUGAGAGCACCGCCUGGGGCCCGGAGCGGCUCGAGCAGCCUGAGUCCUGACCCCGGCCCGGCUCCCGCUCCGGGCUCGGCCGGCGGGCGUAAGGGUGCGGCGGGGUCCGGGCCGGGGGGAUGUCUCGGCGGACGCGCUGCGAGGAUCUGGAUGAGUUACACUACCAGGACGUGGACUCAGACCUCCUGGAGCAGAGAGACAACAGAUGUAAGGUUAAAUGGACCCACGAGGAGGACGAGCAGUUGAGGGCCCUGGUGAGGCAGUUUGGACAGCAAGACUGGAAGUUCUUGGCCAGUCACUUUCCUAACCGCACAGACCAGCAAUGCCAGUACCGGUGGCUGAGGGUUUUGAAUCCCGACCUUGUUAAGGGACCAUGGACCAAAGAGGAAGAUCAAAAGGUCAUUGAGUUGGUCAAGAAGUAUGGCACCAAACAGUGGACGCUGAUAGCCAAGCACCUGAAGGGCCGGCUGGGGAAGCAGUGCCGUGAGCGCUGGCACAACCACCUCAACCCCGAGGUGAAGAAGUCAUGCUGGACCGAGGAGGAAGACAGGAUAAUCUGUGAGGCCCAUAAAGUCCUGGGUAACCGCUGGGCUGAGAUCGCCAAGAUGCUACCAGGGAGGACGGACAAUGCUGUGAAGAAUCACUGGAACUCCACUAUCAAAAGGAAAGUCGACACGGGAGGUUUCCCAGCCGAGUCCAGGGACUGCAAGCCUGUCUACUUGCUCCUGGAGCUGGAGGACAAGGAACAGCACCAGGGUGUCCAGCCGGUGGACGGCCAGGGAAGUCUCGUGAGCAGCUGGCCGCUGGUGCCCUCUAUUGUGAAGGAGGAGAGCAGCGAGGAGGAGAUUGCCAUAGCUGCUACUUCUGCUAAAGAACUCGGACAUGAGCCUGUCCCUGCUGAUCUGGGAGAAGUGCGCACCCCAGAGCCCCCAGAAUCUCUCAAGCGUGAAUACCAGGAGUUCUCCUCCCCGGAAACGAGCCUGCCCUACAAGUGGGUGGUAGAGGCGGCAAACCUCCUCAUCCCGGCUGUGGGGUCCAGCCUCUCUGAAGCUCUGGACUUGAUUGAGUCGGACCCUGAUGCUUGGUGCGACCUGAGUAAAUUUGACCUUCCUGAAGAACCCUCUACGGAGGGCAGUGUCGUCAGCAGCCCAGUGCAGCCCCAGACGUCGCAGCAGCAGCAGGAGGAGGCACUGCAGUCAUCCCAGCAGGCUGCCACGCCGGGGCCCAGUGUGACUGAGUACCGCCUUGAUGGCCACACUAUUUCAGACCUGAGCCGGAGCAGUCGGGGGGAGCUGAUCCCCAUUUCUCCUAGCACUGAGUUUGGGGGCUCAGGCAUUGGCACACCUCCCUCAGUGCUCAAGCGACAGAAGAAACGGCGUGUGGCCCUGUCGCCUGUCACAGAGAACAGUGCCAGCCUGUCCUUCCUGGACUCUUGUAACAGCCUCACCCCGAAGAGCACGCCUGUCAAAACCCUCCCCUUCUCUCCUUCCCAGUUUCUGAACUUCUGGAACAAACAGGAUACCCUGGAGCUGGAGAGCCCCUCACUGACAUCCACUCCAGUGUGUAGCCAAAAGGUGGUCGUCACCACGCCCCUGCACAGGGAUAAGACACCCCUGCACCAGAAGUAUCCAUCUUCUGUAUCUCAGAAACUUCAAAGUGCCAGGGCGGUGGUGGCGCACGCCUUUAAUCCCAGCACUUGGGAGGCAGAGGCAGGCGGAUUUCUGAGUUCGAGGCCAGCCUGGUCUAAAGAAUCAGAAGUACUCCCAGAUCAGAAGUACUCCAUGGACAACACUCCCCACACGCCAACCCCGUUCAAGAAUGCCCUGGAGAAGUACGGACCGCUGAAGCCCCUGCCGCAGACUCCGCACCUGGAGGAGGACUUGAAGGAGGUGCUCCGUUCUGAGGCCGGCAUGGAGCUCAUCAUUGAGGAUGACAUGAGGCCCGAGAAGCAGAAGAGAAAGCCUGGGCUGCGGCGAAGCCCUAUCAAGAAGGUCCGCAAGUCUCUGGCUCUCGACAUUAUGGAUGAAGAUGGGAAGCUGAUGUCCUCUACCAUGCCCAAACCCCUGUCCUUGCCAACCAGUGUCACACCCAGCUCCUGUGGCUUCACCUCGCCAGGUAGCAAAGAGGGUAACAGCCUGCUCAACCAGGGUUUCCUACAGGCCAAACCCGAGAAGGUGGUGGCCGCCCAGAAGACUCGGAGCCACAUUCCAACCCCUGCCCCUAUGACCCAUGCCUGGAAGACGGUGGCCUGUGGGGGCACCAAAGACCAGCUCUUCAUGCAGGAGAAAGCCCGGCAGCUCCUGAGCCGCCUGAAGUCCAGCCACACAUCUCGGACCCUCAUUCUGUCCUGAGGGACUUGAAUGGCAAGAGCCGGCUCUCAUGUUUACAGGGGUAGGGUGUGGGGUAAGGUUAAAGUCACAUUAAGUGACCAGCUUCAGGAUGUCUUCUGCCAGCCCCUCAAACUACUUAGGUGGCAGAAGUCACGUGGUAAUACCCCUUCCCUGAGUCUAGCUUUGGGAAGUUCCUGGUGCUAAUAGAACAAGGUCCCACUCCUGGGCCUGCCUGUCCUCUACCCAAUGCUAGAAGGAACCCUAUCAGGGUCUCCCAGGCUCUCAUCCAGUCUGGCCUCAUCUCAGACUCCUGCUUAGGAUGGGGGUGUGGCUAGGGGUGCGCCUUUCCUCGUCUCCUGUUGGUACACUGUCCCCACAAUAAAAUGCCAUUCUCCCUCUGCCGCCCCGACUCUGCCCUCUGAGUCCUGAAGUGCCUCGAUGGCCUUUUCCUGACAUGUAGACCUUUGUCACUGGGUACAGCUUUGCCCUGUGAGUAUCUCUGCAAAGCUCCCAAGAACUAUGUAUGAGUGGAUGAAGAUGGGUUCUGAGAACUUGUUGGAGCGCUGCAUUCACCUUGGCCUUAAUGCAUCAGAGUCAUAACGCACUUGGCUUGGGCCAUCUUCCAAGGAGCGGCUGCCUUAAGUUGAGCCAGCCCUUAGGUAAGACCAUUAAUAGAGGGCUGGCAGACCUUUCAACUCUAGCCAAUGUGCAGAAGGCUGCCCAGCCCCUGGAUUCUGUAUCAUGAGUUGGUGGCAGCAGUUGCCUCGGCUGUUACCUCCCUAGGAAUCAGUGGGUAGAGUGUGGCCCAUAGCUGGUGAUCAGUCUCAAACUUGAAAAGGGAGAUGCUGAGCCUAAAGUCUAGAUCAGGAAGUGUUUUCAGUAGCCUUGCCUGGGUGUCCUUGGGUUGGGGAUCAUAUGGGAGCCCUAUACUUAGUCCUGUUUGUAAGGGAGAUGAGGCAAACCCUCUCCAACAGGGCAAGAGACAACAUCUGAAGACAUGACCAAGUUAGCACACCAGAGUCUAGACACUUUCCUGCUCUUAUGCAAAGGAUGCAGGAGGUGGACUCUACUAUCCCACUCUGCCUCAUCCUACAGCCUCCUGAGCCCCAUGCUCACUGAGCUGCAUCUGCCUCACCCCUACUUGUUUUCUCAGUAUGACUAAGGCAACUUAGAGUAGCUACACUCAUUGGUGUGUGGUCUGUGCUAGGAAAGGCGUGGGUAGGGUGGGGUGAGGCUGUCAAGCAGAGGAUAGAGGCUGCUGGUGCCCACCUGGCUUUCCUGCCGUCUAGGAUCUCUCCAUGGGUGCUGCCACCUGCAUUAUUAGGGUGGCUCUUUUAAACCUGGAAUUUCCUCGCAGACACACCCAAAUGUGUCUUCUGGUCAGCCAAGUUGACAAUAAAGAGUAACACAUUGUA